AAGGCCUUGUCGAUAUCUAGCAGGGGCAAGUAGAAGGGCAGCGGGCGGUCGAGGCAAAUUUGACCAUGCCGGAGGACGCUACACAUACAAAUGGAAAUACAGAGCCAAUCGUGCAGGAUGGCCCCGCAGAGGUCAGUGGGCCGACUGCGGAAGAGCACAAGGCAGAGGGCAACACAUUUUACAAGGCCGGCAAGUAUGCACUCGCCGUACAGUCCUACACGAAGGCACUGGAUCAAGGUCCCAAUGCUGCGAUACUAGGAAAUCGUGCUGCGGCAUCCAUGCUGCUUGGCGACUUCCAAAGAGCGCUACAAGACUCCUUGGAGGCCGAUGCACUGGCGCCUGGUGUUCCCAAGACGCAGAGCAGAAUCGCCCAGGCACAAGCACAGCUACAGCUCGUUCACCAAGCAGAACAAUUCAUCGAGCAAAAGAAUCCGGGUAUGAGCUUGCAUCUGCUUGACCGCCUGCAAAAAUCCCUUGCGCCCUCAGCAACCAUUCCGAGACUUUGGCAGCGAUUGCGGGGCGAAGCGCUCUUUCAGCGGGGCGAUAUCGAACAAGCUGGUAAAUACGCUUCUGACAUUCUGCGUUAUGACCGCAGGGAUGUCGAUGCGUUGGUGCUGCGGGGUCGCAUGAUGUACAUCCAAGGCGAUACCCAAACGGCCAUCAAUCACUUCCAGGAAGCCCUGCGUCUCGACCCAGACAAGACAAUCGCACGAACACUCUUUAAGCGGGCAAAAGCACUCGAAGCUGCAAAAUCUGCUGGUAAUGCCAAGUUCAAGCUUGGCAAGAUGGCGGAAGCAGAGGGGCUCUUCACAGAGGCUCUAGCUAUAGACGAGGAAAACAGGGGCACAAAUGCAAAGCUCUACAGCAACAGAGCGACCUGUCGAUUGCGCUUAAAGAAGUACGACGCGGCGCUGGAAGAUUGCGACAAAGCAGUCGCCUUGGACCCUGCCUACCAAAAGCCGCUUGUAACGAGGGCCAAAAUCUUCAUGGCCCAGGAAAAGUACCAAGAAGCCGUUGAUAUACUCAAGGAAGCCUCAGAGUCAAGUCCCAAUGACGAGACGCUCGAACGAGAACUCCGUGCUGCAGAGCUCGAGCUGGCCAAGUCGAAGCGCAAAAACUACUACAAAAUUCUCGGCAUUGAAAAGGAUGCCAGCGACUCUGAAAUCAAAAAGGCGUACCGCAAAGCAGCCCUCAUCAAUCACCCGGACAAGAACCCAGAUGAUCCAGAAGCAGAGGCACGGUUCAAGGAUGUUGGUGAAGCGUAUGCCAUCUUGUCGGAUGCUGAUAAGAAGUAUCAGUAUGAUUCUGGCGCAGACCUCGAACAAGGCGGCAUGGGCGGCAUGGGUGGUGGCAUGGGCGGCAUGGACCCGAAUGACAUCUUCCGCAUGUUUGCUCAGCAGCAGGGCGGUGGCGGUGGCUUUGGGGGCUUUGCCGGUCAUGGACGCGGACAUGGCGGUGGUCAUGGAUACCAUGGAUUCUAAGCAUCUGCAGCAUACUGAUAGAAUUAGACGAUGCACGCCUCUACAUCCGGCUCGCGCCCAUCAUACCUUCCCACCCCUUGACACCAGGUCGUUUGCACACAUCCAGACAAAGACCGAGUACCUCGCGCGUGUCGCGUGGGUCAAUGAUGCCAUCGUCCAAUCCACUCGCUGACGUUCUGUAGACAUUUGAAUCGCGUUCGACACCUUGUCUAAAGACCUCUUC